AUGAGCGAAUCAAAUCCACCUCGUCUCACAAUGAGAUCCAUCAUGGAUCACUAUCUCAAACCAUCAACAAGUCAAGAAACUUUCGAAGCACCCAUGAUUUCAGGAAAAUUCUUUGCCCUGAUCCGAAAUAUCCCAUCGGGAUUUCGAUCGGCUCAUCUACGUGCAUUCUUUUCGAAUUUUAUCGAGAACUCUCGCUUUGACUGUUUCCAUUUCAAGCAUCGACCGGAGAUUCAGAAAAGGGAAAACGAUGAGAAAACGAAUACUUUUUGCUGUGUGGUCCGUUUUGCGAAAGCCGAAGAUCGAGAAGAAUUCAUCAAAGAUUAUCAUAAAGAGAAUUGGAUUGAUUUCAACCGACCGAACCUUCGAAUCGCCCGUCGAUGCUUCAUCACUCCGAUCAAAGUGAUCAAUACCAAGCCAACUACAUUGUUGAACGAGAGCGAAGCAGAGGACUGCCAACUGUCAGCAACGGAUCUCCUUCAAAUGAUCGAACUCCGCCCACCCGAAGCGAUGCCGAAAGGGAAUGUGGGAACGCCGACUGAAUAUUUCUUUGAACAGAUCUCUCUUUGCAAGCUCCCACCAUCAAUCAUCACAAAACUCGGGCUGAAACGCUUGCGGAGACGGCGGAAAUUCGGGGCUGUUCCAUUUCAAUAUGGAAAUAAAUCAAGAAACGCCCCAGGAACUAGCCGCUCGGGAGUCAAAUUUGGGCCCGACAAAGAGCGAGAGGAAGAGAGCACUUCGGAAAAUGAAGAAGCCCUGCCAACCGACGAGGAAGCCGACGAUGAUGACGAUCAAUGCGAGGAGUGGGAGAGACAUGAAGCGCUUUACGAUGAUGUCACCGAACAAGAUCGAACAAAGCAAAAGAAAUAUGAAGAGGAGAUGGAGGUUGUUUGGGAGAAAGGAGGACCGGGUCUCGUUUGGAAUAUGGACAAAGAAUAUUGGGACGAAAGGGAAAAGGGAACCGAUUGUGAUUGGCUGUGGGCCGAUGAUUGGGAUGUUGACUAUUCGGUCUAUUAUGAAGGAAAAUCAGCUGGCGAUAUCGACUCGAAACAGGCUGUCGAGAUACGAGAAGAUGAGGGGAGAAGAACCGGUUCUCUCGCCGAGUCCGUAUUCCGGAAGCCCUCGGAAAAGUCGAAGACAAGAAAAAGACGUUAUUCGGGAAGUGAUGUUGUCGAUGUGGAACAGUACACGAAACGAGUUGGAAGUCGUCUCAUGAAACGCAUGGGUUGGAUGCCGGGAGUUGGUCUGGGAAGUAGCGGCCGAGAGGGUAAAGUGAUCCCCGUUGCGCUCGAUAUGGGCGAAAAAGCGUUGAUCGGCGGAGAAAGGACUGGCCUUGGCUUUAGGGGUGAAAAGAUGAGCCGCACCGGGAAUCGAGAACCGAAACGACACCACCUUUUGACGGCCUACGACACGUAUAAAGACAAAGAUGAGAGCCGAGACAAGAUGCGGCGUUUAGUCGGCGAUAAUAAUGAAUUGACCAGUGAAGUCCUCUGGCGACGCAAAGAGCCGACCUACUUGAAGCACUAU